AUGGAUGCUAAGAUGUAUGGCCCAAAUCUACCAACAUUGGUAGAUUUGAAGAAUCACUUGCGCGAUGAACCGCUGUACCUCCAAGCGCUGGAGGAUUAUUUACGGAAAGCGGCGAGCAUGAUUAAUGACUUGAGGGCGAGGUUGGAAGAAAAUGGGCUCGAAGAGCGUGAGGAUGAGGCCUUCGACGUCCCAAGGGCGGAUUUAACGCGUCGCCCGACUCCACCGCCACCCCAGGAGGAGCUAGAAGUGUUCCGAGAACUCCUGGAGCACGAGCAAGAAAUGGAGAGACUACGCCAGAAUGAAGAAAUGCUCGUGCUCGACCUCCUCGAACGAGAACAAGAAGCCGAGCUGCAGCAGGAAAUAUGGGAUGAUGAACCAGAACCGGCACUGGUUCACGAUGAAAGCAGCUUAGAGGAGGUUGCAGUGGCGGAGUGCUGGCCGGUACCACAAGAAUGGAAUGAGGAAAUGCUAGAUGUGGUACCGACAGCGUCAGUAGAGGUCCCAAGGCGCAGACAAGUGGAACGAAUUCGAGAAAUAGUACUGCGUUCUCGAACAAUACGCGUUCCAGUCAUGGAAGAAGAAGACUGUGACGCAGUACAGUCUGGCCCGGCACCCUUCCAACCGCCGGUAGUGGAAGGUUUACCGCCUCAAUACCGGCAGCUAUUAGUGGCGCCGGAGAUCGAUCCGUACACAGUAAUUCGAAAUGCUGACGGAUCGACUACAAUUGAGUGCGGUAUGUGCCCGAAGGAAUUUGGGACCUUGAAAGGAUGGCGAAUCCAUGCUGCCAAAAUGCACAGGCAGAAUGGCUUUUGCCAGAAGUGCGGCCAUUUCAUUGAUAUGCCGCAUGUGAGCUCCGAUGAAGAAAUAACAGCCACGAUGGAGCUUCACGCCUUGGAAUGGUGUCCCAAGGCCACAAAGACCGUUAUAAAUGAAAGGGCUGUUAAGCGAAGAAGGCUCGAGCUAGCUGGUAGAAGCGAUGAGGCCCAGCACUAUUACAUCCCAAGUAAGUGA